AUGUCUCUUGUUGCUGAUUACAGCUCGGACGCUUCGAGUAGCGACGAAGAAAUUACAACAACUGCAGUAAAUGCGGAAAUUCCAAAAAAUAAUCUAAUAUCUUCCAUACUUCCACCACCAAAAGUCACAUAUAAAAGCAAAAAGGACGGACCUGUAAAAAUCAUUGUUGAUUUACCACAAGAUGAUCUUGAGGAGGAAGAAAACAUAUCAAAGAAACAGAAAACAAGCACCUCUAGUAGUUUAUUUGCGCUCUUACCGGCGCCAAAAAGAACUAUAACAAAGGAACAGAAACCAAUCACUAAUGGAUCAACAACUCAAGAUCCACCAAAAACAACAAAUUUUGUGCCUCAUGCAAUCACGAAGAAGAAACCCAUUAUGCCAACAAAAUCUGAUAAUUCCUUGGAUUCUGACAAAACAGAAUUUAAGCAAAUAAAUGCAAAAAAUGAGAAUGAUAUUGAAGAUGCAAUCACGAUCACAGAAUCAUUUUUUCCGCUAGGGCCUGAAAUAACAAACAUAAAAUCAAUUAAUGGAACCAAGGAUACCAGAAAUGCAUCAGCAGCUUCUAUCACCAUCGAAGAUUCCUAUGCAAUUGCAGGUGCUUCGAACGUAACUGACUUUUCUCUUCCCACAGAAGAAUAUACAUACGAUGAAUAUUAUAAUAAUGGUCAAUGGCAAGAAAACGCAAAUUCUUAUAUAGAAUACCAAGGAAUAUAUGAUGAAUCACAACAGCAAAUAGAAAGUGAGCAAGCACAAUCGAAUUGGGAACUGGAUGACGAAAUGUUUCAGAAGCUAGGUGGUAGAAGAGGAAAAAGGGAGGGACCAAUUAAGAUUAAAGAAAUUAACGCGGCCGACCAAAUGGCUGAUUCGUGGCAAUCUCAAGUUGCUGAUUUGUCAAAACCAACCAGAGGAUCAAGCGAAGGAUCCGGGCGUCUAAAACCUACUAGAGGUCAGAAAAGAAAACAUAACCUAAUGUAUUUAGCAUUUCAUGCAACUGCAAUGGAAAAUGAAUUGAAAGAACAGCAUGCAUCAAAUAGGAAAACCAAGAGAGAAACACAAGCAAAAUAUG